AUGGAGUGCUUGAUCGGAAUUGCCUUCAAUGACUUUGCCAUAGUAGCUGCGGAUGCAAGGGUUAAUCACUCAGUAGUUACAUUGAAAGAUGAUGCGGACAAAAUGUUUAAACUGAGCAAACAUUGUCUAAUGAGUAUCUGUGGUGAAAGUGGUGAUACAGUACAAUUUGCCGAGUUUAUUCAACAAAAUAUGCAACUGUAUGAAAUUAGGAACGGUUAUGAACUGACUCCAUAUGCGGCUGCUAGUUUUACCAGGAGAAAUUUGGCCGAAGCUCUUCGCACCAGAAAUCCUUACAACGUUAAUUUACUUCUCGCUGGUUAUGAUUCUUGUGCCGGCCCAAAAAUCUACUACAUGGACUAUCUGGCCUCCAUGGUGGAUGUACCAUACGCCGUACAUGGACACGGUAGUUUCGUGACUCUUGCGGUUCUGGAUAGUCAAUAUGAUCCUGCCAUGAAGAUUGAUCACGCUCUCAUUCUUCUCAAAAGUUGUAUCACUGAGCUUCAGAAACGCUUUGUUAUUAAUUACGGUCGGUUUAUUGUUAAAGUGGUGAACAAGGAUGGCAUUGAGAACUUGCCUGAUCUGGUUUAA